CUCUCAACUUUCCAACUUUCACUUUUUCAAGCACGUACUUGCACGCUACAACACACACAUACACAUUGACAACUAGUGUGGAAAAUUGGGACAUUUACUAUUAUUACUGUUGUACCUUAGUGGAAGCUACAAGACCCCAAACACAAUACAACUUAAGCGAGUUUGGUUGGUUUGAGUUUCGGUAGUGACACCACAACUACAACAAACCAAAGCAUAGUUUAGUUAGUGUAGACUUCAAAACCGCCUUGUCCUAUCCACACUUGGACUUCCACCUCACCCUUUCUUAACGCCAUGAAAACAGGUAGCUGUUCAAGUUGAUCUGAUGACCUCCACAGAUAUCAGCACUUGAUCAUAGGUCUUUUUGUUCGGUGGUGCUAGAAAAGGGCUUUGUUUCUAAACUAAUCUAUAUGGGAACUGGAGAAGACAGCACAGCUAAACCUCCUAAAAAAUCUUCGUCAACUCAGGAGCUACCGACAGCACCUUCAUAUCCUGAUUGGUCAACCUCCAUGCAGGCCUAUUAUGCUCCUGGAGGCACUCCACCUCCCUUUUUUGCCACAACUGUUGCUUCCCCAACUCCCCAUCCCUAUUUGUGGGGAAGCCAGCAUUUAAUGCCACCAUAUGGGACUCCAGUCCCAUAUCCAGCUUUAUACCCUCCUGGGAGUGUCUAUGCUCAUCCUGGCAUGGCAAUGACGCCAAGUGCUAUGCAGCAAAGUACAGAGUAUGAAGGGAAGGUACCUAAUGGAAAAGAUGGGGAUUCAUCCAAAAAAUUGAAGGGAACUUCUGCAAAUACAGGUUCCAAAGCAGGAGAGAGUGGAAAAGCAGGCUCAGGUUCAGGCAAUGAUGGCAUCUCACAAAGUGCUGAAAGUGGUUCCGAGGGUUCAUCAAAUGCUAGUGAUGAGAAUACUAACCAACAGGAAUCAGCUACAAACAAGAAGGGAAGCUUUGACCAGAUGCUUGUUGAUGGAGCCAAUGCACAGAACAAUUCUGCUGUGCCUGGAAAUCCCGUUGUCUCAGUGGCUGCAACAAAUCGUAAUAUUGGAAUGGACUUAUGGAAUGCAUCUUCUUCUGGUACAGAAGCUGCAAAAAUGAGACAUAGUCAAUCUAGUGCCCCGGGAGCUGUUGCUCCUUCAACCAUAAUGGGACGUGAAGUUGCACUUGGUGAACAGUGGGUACAAGAUGAACGUGAGCUGAAAAGACAGAAGAGAAAACAGUCCAACAGAGAGUCAGCUAGGAGGUCAAGACUACGAAAACAGGCUGAGUGUGAAGAGUUACAAAAGAGGGUGGAGACACUGGGAAGUGAGAAUCGAACUCUCAGGGAAGAGCUUCAGAGACUUUCCGAAGAAUGCGAGAAUAUUACAUCUGAAAAUAAUUCUAUCAAGGAAGAGUUGGAACGGUUAUGUGGGCCAGAAGCAGUUGCUAACCUUGGAUGAAACAACGCCACAUUAGUUCUUCAGUGUUGUGUUUGAUGGCUACAGCAAAAAUUGAUAAGACUCUUAAUUGAGACGAAUAUAUACGCAGUGGGAAUUUUCUUAUCAGUUGCCAGGUCUCCUAAUUGAGAAUAGGAUAUAAUUUUUUAUUUUUUUUUUCUUGUUUUACUAAUUGAUAUCAUUAACCCUCAAUUGUAAUUGCCCUUAUGAUUUACACGUCAUUUCUUGUAAUAUUUACCAAUGCGGGAGAACAUAAAAUGUCGGCUACUUGAGCUCUUCUGUUUAGAAUUUACUUUUACAACUGAUGUUAAGAAUCCAACUUCAAUUUCUCAA